CAGCAGCAGAAGAAUCAUGUUGUUCUUCAUGUGAAGGUUGUUAGUGUUGGUGGAGAAACGUGUGGUUGGUGUUCAGACUUGUUUUGGUGGAGGAACAUGUUGUCAGGAGCACAUGGAGGGAGAUGGUGAGAACACCUUCAGUCCUCAAUGGCAGAACUUGAAGUGUGUAGAAACCUGAACCUGGAGAGGGUGGAGCGAUGCAUGAGUGUGAUGCAGUCUGGGACACAGAUGGUGAAACUGAAACCAGGAUCUAAAGCUCUGGUCAGACUUUUCUUCCUGGACGAACAUCGUUCUUGUCUGCGAUGGAAACCGUCACGAAAGAGCGAGAAAGCAAAGAUCACCAUCGACUCUCUGUACAAAGUGACAGAGGGAGGACAGUCGGACGUCUUCCAUCGUCACACAGACACGACCUUUGACCCCGCCUGUUGCUUCACUGUUUACCAUGGAAACCACAUGGAGUCUCUGGACCUGGUCACGUCUAAUGCAGACGAAGCCAGAACCUGGAUCACUGGCCUGCAGUUCCUGAUGGCGGGGAUCAGUGACGAGGACUCGCUCGCCAAACGUCAGCGGACACACAACCAGUGGAUGAAACAAACGUUUGAAGAAGCCGAUAAAAACGGCGACGGCCUCCUGAACAUUGAGGAAAUUUACCAACUGCUGCACAAACUCAACGUUAAUCUUCCUCGAAGGAAAGUCAAGCAGAUGUUUCAGGAAGCUGACACGGACGACCAGCAGGGGACGCUAACAUACGACGAGUUCUCCGUCUUCUAUAAAAUGAUGUCACUGAGACGCGACCUCUUCCUGCUGAUGAUGGCACACAGUGACAGGAAGGACCACCUGACGGCCGAAGAGCUCGCCCACUUCCUGCGUAACGAGCAGAAGAUGAUCGACGUCACUCCCGAGUUUGUCGCAGAAAUCAUCGACAAGUUUGAAGUUUCUGACGAAAACAAACAGAGAGGAGUUUUAGGCAUCGAAGGUUUUACGAGUUUCAUGCGCAGCCCGACGUGUGACGUCUUUAAUCCUUUACAUCACGAGGUCAAUCAGGACAUGGAGCAGCCGCUGUCCAACUACUUCAUCGCCUCGUCUCAUAACACGUACCUGACCGGAGACCAGCUUCUGUCUCACUCUAAGACAGACAUGUACGCCUGGGUGCUGCAGUCCGGCUGCCGCUGUGUGGAGGUGGACUGUUGGGAUGGUCCUGAUGGAGAACCUGUGGUCCAACAUGGUUACACUCUGACCUCCAAGAUCCCGUUCAAGUCUGUCAUCGAGACCAUCAAUAAAUAUGCUUUCAUCAACAACCAGUUCCCGGUGAUUCUGUCCAUAGAGAAUCACUGUAACAUCCAGCAGCAGAAGAAAAUCGCUCAGUACCUGAGAGAAAUCUUCUCAGACAAACUGGACGUGGGAGAUUCACUGAGCAGAGACUCCAGGACUUUACCCAGUCCUCACAGCCUGCAGGGGAAGAUCCUCAUCAAAGGAAAACGUCUUCCUUCGUAUUUGUCUGCAGACGCAGAAGAAGGAGAAGUUUCUGACGAUGACAGCGCUGAUGAGAUCCAAGAAGAUUUCAAACUGAAGAGCAGCAACGCUAACGGUCACCACCAGGUGGAGUCUCACAUCCGGAACAAACUGGACUCUCUACUGAAGGAAUCUCGCAUCGGAGACAAAGAGGAUUCUGACAGUUUCAGCAUCCGAGCUCUGCUGCGAGCCACACACCAGGGUCUGCACAAGAACCUGCGGCAGAGCUCCAGAGGAGUUCUGAAGAAAUCCCAGAGCAGAUCGUUCAUCACGACGCUCAAACAGAAGAGACAUUCCAAAUCCAGACUGUCCUGCCAAAGUGUGGACAAGGAUGAGGACAGUGAGGACAGAUGUGGGACGGAGGCUGGAGGACAAUUAAACAGAGGUGGGAGGAAGAGGAAGACGAUGAAGCUGAGCAGAGACCUGUCAAACCUGGUGGUGUUCACUAACUCUGUGGUGUCUCAGGAGUGUCUCAAUGAAGGGACACCGGGGGACGUCCUGUCCUUCAGUGAGACCAGAGCUCAGUCUCUGGUCCAUCACAGAACGGAACACUUCCUCACUUUUAACCAGAGGCAGCUGUCGCGCAUUUAUCCGUCAGCGUAUCGCAUCGACUCGUCCAACUUCAACCCUCAGUUCUACUGGAACGUGGGCUGUCAGCUGGUUGCUCUGAAUUAUCAAACAGAAGGACGGAUGAUGCAGCUCAACAGAGCCAAGUUCAUGGUGAACGGGGGGAGUGGCUACGUUCUCAAGCCGCCACCCAUGUGUAAAGGCUCCUUUAACUCGUUCAGUGAUGAUCCACUUCCUGCUUAUCCUAAGAAACAGCUGCUUCUGAAGAUCAUUAGUGGACAACAGCUGCCAAAACCUCCAGACUCUAUGCUGGGAGACCGAGGAGAGAUAAUUGAUCCAUUUGUUGAAGUGGAGAUCAUCGGUCUGCCGGUGGAUUGUUGUAAAGAACAGACACGCGUCGUGGAUGACAACGGAUUUAAUCCAGUGUGGGAGGAGACUUUGUCCUUCACGCUUCACAUGGCUGAGAUUGCUUUGGUGCGUUUCCUCGUUUGGGACCACGACCCUAUUGGACGUGAUUUCAUCGGUCAGCGGACGGUCGCCUUCAGCAGCUUAAUGCCCGGUUACAGACAUGUGUAUUUGGACGGACUGACUGAAGCAUCCAUCUUUGUGCACGUGUCAGUGCACGACGUGUAUGGGAAGUGGAGCCCUCUAGUGCUGAACCCCAGCUUUACCAUUAUGCAUUUACUAGGAUCUAACAAGGGUCAUCAGCUGCGAGGAAUCCGAGGUUUGUUCAACCGCUCGUCCAAAUCCUCGGGGCUCCGGAAACGCUCCAUCAGUGAUCAUCUGCUGCGACGCACGGCCAGCGCUCCAGCCAAAGGACGGAAGAAGACAAAGAUGGUGCUCUCAGAGACUGUGGCUUCAAUAUCAGAACAAAGGAAUGGCCCAGGAGGAGGAGGAGGAGGAGAAGGCAUGUCAGUGAAGGAAGGAGGCGUGGAUAAGCGUCUCCAACCUCGACCUCCUCUUGUCCACAGACCCAUGUCCAUGCCUUUAGAGAAGCUCCUGCAGGGGCAGCUGUCGCUGUGCUCCUCUGAAGCAGACUCCAUCGUCGGAGUUUGUCCCCUCACCAGGCCCCGGUCUUCAUCUGCUGACCUUUUCGUCAAAUCAUCCUUUUCUGUUGGACCAAGCGUCUCCUCCUCAUGUAAGGCAAACACAAUACAAGACUUUGGCCAAUCGGAAGAGACUUCAUAUCUGGUUAUUGGUGGUGGAGAAGAAAGAAAGGAAGAAGACUAUGCAAAUUACCUUUCAGAAGAUAAUGAAACCAACAGAUCAAAGAUGAUCUCCACAGGAACAGAGAGGAACUGUUUGGUGUCACCUUCCAUAAACAGGAUAAGACCAGGGAAACCAGAAUCAGCAUCUAACAGCACAACGUUCACAGUUGCCCCUUCAGUGUCCACCUCCUCCUCCUCUUUCUCCUCUGUGGCUCCACACCCCUCUGUCAGUGUGGACCAUGAUGUGAAGAGUCCCAGCUCUGUGUGUGACAGCACCAUAUCCAGACUCAUCGAUGCCAUGUCCUUAGACCGUGAGCAAGACUCAUGUGGUUCCAUCUCUGCUCUGAUUGGUCAGUUUGAAACCACUGCUGACCAAAGUGGUUUCUCAACAUCUUAUCCUUUGAGUCCCUCCCUUCAGGCAAACCUCAGGUCCACCACUCCAAAACCUCUGCAAGAUUUAAGGUCCACUCCCAAGACCCAUGCAGCUGUUCUUAACAUGAAGCACCUGGUAAAUUCCCAACAGGUUCCUCAAAACAUGAAUACUGUCAAUCAUGAACCACCUGCUUCAUCUUUGUUCUCCAGUCCAGAAACCGCUGAGCUGGAGGAGGUGUACACCAUCCUUGACGAGGAGGUGCUGUCACCUGUGUCAGUUUACAGCCUGAGGAAACAGAUUCACUUUCAGGCCGACCCUGUGGAGAACAGUCUGAGCUCCUCACCUGCUGAAGAUGUUCAGAGUUUUGAGAAACAUCGCAGUAAUGAUGUGAACAGAAGGUUUGGAAGUGAAGAGCCCGAGGAGGCAGAAGAGAGAGUUUACGAGGAGGUGAAAGAUCUCACACCAUCUGAGACAGAAUGGGCUUCUUCUACAAGGUAUGACUGUUACAAAUUUUUCCAUGACACAGCUAUAAAUAACUUUGGUGAAGUUGAAAUUAAUGUUGAUGAGGAUCCAGUGGAUAUGAUGCUGACCUCUUCAAGACAUUGCAGCCAGUGGGAUGAGCUAAGAAGUCCAACCAAACGCCAUGCUAUCUACCAAAACCAUGAGUCCAUUCACAACUACACCCAGCACAAACGGAGCCUGUCACAUCAUCACUUCACCUCAUAUGCACCUCAUGCAGCAUUUUCAGAACAUCCGUCCCCAGUGAGUCGACCUUCGUAUCAGCUGACCGAUCACCAUGGACACCACGACAACGUCCAGCCUUCACUCCUCCACAGAACAUCCACCUCACGUCAGCCUUGUCACAACAGUCUGUCCAGUUCUAAGACCUUCAACAAGAGCAGAGACACACGGAGCUUCUCUCAGCAGCAGAGGAGCUUCAGCAGCAGCCAGAUCCUCGACUGGUCUCAACAAAACCAGCCUCAGUAUCAACAGAAGGAGCAAACACUGAGCGUCCACAAUGGUUUCUCUUCUUCUGAAAGUCUUCAGCGUCAGUCUGCUGCGUCUUUAAACACCUGUAGAGACAGAGGGUUGAAUACAGCGUCUUCAGACUGUGAUGCAGUAUACAGCCACGUGGACUAUGACUGCAUUAAACCCUCAACAGAGUCCUCGCAGUCACACACACAAUCACACACACUGCAGUCAUGGAACCAAAACGUCCAGGUCUCCAACCUGAGGCUCCAGCCUGAACCCAGAGCUUCAAUUCAGUCAAACUUAACUUCUUUAGCAGCUCGUUCUCACUCGGUCAGCACCGAUUCCACCGCUCCCAGCCAGAGUAAGUCCAAGUCUCUGGGAGAUCUGACCUCUGAAGACAUAUCCUGCAACUUCCAGAGCAAAUACCACAUCAUUAGUCGCAGUUUCAUCUCCCCUCAUGUGAGGAAACAAAAGAGAGCGGCCGCUUUGGGAGAAGUCUCCUUCCAAUCCCAAUCAUGUGAUCCACUCACAGAACAGCUGCGGAAGCUGGUCACGUUUGAGGUGGAUGACCGUGACGGAGAAACACCUCCGUUUCACCAUGAAGUAAAACCCUCAGUGUCCCAGCAGCAGGUAACAAGUGUAGCUCCCGAUGAUUCCCCUCCACUCCUCACCCGUCGUCUUUCUUCCAGGAGCCAAAGUCGCGUGCGUCACAUCAACAGCCGAGCGCGUGAAAGACAGCAGGAGUCGCUGAAGACCAAUAAUCAAUCCAGUGUUGGUGGAGUGGUUUUCAGGAACAAAGCAGCUUCACAGAAUCCACCAGCGAACAGACACUCCACCGGUUCUUACAUCGCAGGUUGUUACUUUGACGAGCUGGAGGACCGAGGGUUUCCUGAAGGGGCGUGUACGUCCCUGCGUCAUGGAAACGGAGAUCGUUUUUACACCGACAACGCUCUUACAAACUCCUCCAACUGUGCGUCAGAGCCCGAGGUUUACUUCCUGCUCCGACUGUAGCUCUGACCUUUGACCUGUCCACCACUGAUUCUUGAUGAUGUUUUGCUGUGUUUCCAUCAUGGUCCGGUUCAGUUUGGUACAGUCCUGGGUCAGGCUUGUGUUUUGACUGAGAACAGAACUUUUACUUGGUCCGAAGGUCGCCUAGCGUCGUAGCGACGACAACGAUGGAGCACGUCCAGCAGCUGUCAUGGGUGGAGCCGGUCUAGCUCCGCCCUGACUGUACCACUUUAGUGAAGGGAGACAUAGAAUGGAACGGUUCUGGUUAUUUUGGUUCUGUUUCUAAUGGAAAAACAAAAACAAACGUACAUAACCAAACUGAACCAGACUGAACCAAACUGAACCAGGCUGAACCAGUCUGAACCAGACUGAACCAGACUUCCACUCGAUGCAAAAACAGCUUUUCAUUGUUGUUAAAGAGAAACGAUCCACAGUUAAAUACGUGUUUACAGACCAGAAUGUUUCUGUUUUUACAGAGAAAUGAAUCAAACAUUUCAUAUAAACCACGGUUGGAUGUGACAGCAUGAAUCUCGUUUAUGAAACAGUCUUAAUUGUAAAUGUAUUUGGAAACUGUGAUUCCCUCCAAAUUCUCGUGCUCUCUUUGUCCUUGUGAUGUAAAAACUGUGAACUGACUGUGAACUUUGACUCUGAAGCAGAAAAGAAGUUUAAAACAGCGAGAAAACGUGUGAAUGUGUAGAAUAAUCCAAGUUUGAAGCGAUGGAUCAAACACGAGUCUUCCCUCUGUUUUCAGUGGUUGUGUGAAUAUUAUUGUCAUUGUUUUGAUUCACAGAUGGAUUGUGUGUGUGUGUGUGUUUCUGUUUGUGCAUGUUACCUGUGAACAUGUCAAGCAUGUGACUAUGCAUCACUUUAUACAAUCGAUGUUUUAAUAUUUGCACAGAACUCAGUGUGGUUUGAAAUGUGUGCAAUAAUUGAGAAGAUUAACUUGGACACGUGAACUCUGCUGUCUUUGAUUUAUAGAAUCAGAAAAAGAUUUGGAUUUUAAAGCUUUUUAUUUUUAUAAUUGCUUUGAUACAGACUUCAGACAGAAUCUGUGUUGGCUGUGGUUAUUUUAUUAUUUUAGUCUUUUCAUUAUUAUUCCGUCCUUUCUUUCUUUGUAUUGUUGCUCAAUGAAAACUCUGAGCAUUUUCCUACAAAUGCAAUAAAAUAUUGAAUCUUUGUUUUAAAAAA